GGAGCCACGGUCUGAGGAGCAACUUUACUGGGCAAGCUGCUAUGAUCUUCAAUUCUUCAUAAUGACAAAUAACAUGAAGAUAAGAAAUUUUUGUUUUUACUUUGAAGUGAUUGAAUAAAAUAUUAAAGUCAAAUAAAAUCAUUAAAAUCCUUAAUAUAUUUAKAAGUUUAUAACGUUAAACAUCUUAUAAUAUUUAUAUGCUGAURUAUUAUUAUUUUAUAACUAAUAAAUGGAGUUUUCUUGAUUGAUAGUUCUGUUAUCGUGAAAUAAGUCAAUAGCUGUAGGUAKAGAAUGGCUGAUGACUUAAAUACCGAAGCCGCUUCAUCAGCGACUACAUCGGAAGACAACGAAUUAAUGAUCCCAUUUGAUGAGGCGGUUGAACCAAUUCAUAGCGAUAAAACUGACCGGGAACAUGUGGGUGAUAUAACUCCUGACAAAUGUGCAGUUGUCGCUGUAGACAUAAAUGAACCUAUAAUAGGUAAUAGUGAAGAAAUUAAAAGUUUGAUAACGACCACAGAACAUGAUAUUAGUAAUGAAGAUUUAGAAACAAGGGUUAAUAAAAAACACAUUGAUGAAAAUCUAUUGGAUAGUGAAAACAAACUUGAUGAAAUCGAUACAGGUGUAACAGAAUGCUUGGAUAAUGACGCACCUGUUAUGUUUAUUCCUAACGUUGAAAACAAAAUAAUGGAAUCAAUCAGUGAAAUUGAAAUUAAUAUUGACCAAACUGACCAAAUAGUUGAUAAAGAUAUUACAGACKCACCAACAAUUGAUAUUUUAGAAUCUACCAGAAAUAAUGACUGUAAUGAAUAUAAUGAUGAAGAUAAAAUUAUAAAUGAAGAAUAUGUAAUAAGUGAAGAGAGUCUGAAUCAAAAUAAUAUGAUAUUAAAUCCUGAUAUACUCCAAGAAAAACAACCCCAAAAUGAUUUAAGUGAAACACUUUUGAAAACAAGUUCUAGACCACAACGCCAAGCAGCAAAAAAAGCAGAAAAUCAAAUCAGAGAAAUAGCUAAGGAAAUAAUCAAACCUAUUGAUAGUAUUGAUGAAAAAAUUAUAGAUGCAGUUGAAGAGUUAUCUUCUCCAUUAAAGAAAGUAUGCUGCCAAUGUAACAGGUUUCGUUUAUGUAAAUUUACUGUAAAUGACCAUAAGUCUGUCUAUUUGUGCCAAGAAGAAUGUGUUGAAAAUUACCGUAAGAAAAAUAGUCAGUGUAAAUUUGAAAAAAAGUGCCAGCAUUGCCUAUCAGUGAUUUUAGAAAACGAAGAUAAAAGUUACUAUUGGCAAACAAAACAUUUUUGUUCAGUAGAUUGCCUAAGUCACUAUCAAAAUACUGUUUUUGAUUCAAAUUGUAUAAACUGUCAAAAUCUUAUAACAUCAGAUGUUGAUUUAGGAAAGUUUUGUCGAUAUAUUUCUGGUAAACUAUUACAAUUUUGUGGGACUUAUUGUACUGAAAUGUAUGAAAAUAAGUUAAGUUUGUGCAGUUUUUGUCAAAAGGAUUUAGUUGGUUGUGAUUUUAAAGAUUUCUGUUCAUCAUUUUGUCAAACUAAAGAUUAUGAAUCAAGAAGAAAGCAUGCUGAUCCAGAUAUUUCUGUUAUAGAUUAUGGUUCAAAUGAAAAAGUAMAAGUCAUUGAUAUAUGUAAUGUGUGUUUCUGUAAAUUAAAUUCUUCAUCCACAAAUGAGUUUCAAAUAUUAAGUAAUACAAAUAUUUUAUUUAAGUUUUGUUCGAAUGAAUGUUUAAAUAAAUUCAUUGUAUCAAAAAAGAGAACUGUUUCUUGUUCAAUAUGUAAAGUUAAAAAGUAUAACAUUGAUAUGAUUUCUACCAAAAAUAUGUUUUCCAAUAAUUCUACAUAUAUAUGUUCAUURAACUGUGUUUUUCAUCUACAAGAAUCACUAGCAUCAAAAUCAAAAAAAAUUAUUUGUGAUAAGUGUGGAUUACAUUCUCAAGCAAAUUAUAAAACAAUCCAUAUUGGAACAACCUACAACUUUUGUAGUCAAAACUGUUUAAAUUUAUUUCAGUUAGAAAAAAAGCAAAAAAAAUCUAAAUCUAAAUCUAAAAAUGGAAAAAAAUCUUCAGCUUCUAGAAUAUCUACUCGUCAGUCUGUGCGUAAAGAAGACAAUGAUAUUGAUAGUUAUGGAGUACAUAAUUCUCAGCAAAAAACUUUGAAAGUUAAACGAAAAGUUGGUAGAAAAUUAAAUUACAAAAAUGAGGCAUUUAAUGUUGAUAAAGAAGUACAAACAGAUCAAACGGGUGGUAAAGGAGUAAUAAUACCAAUUCCAGUGCCAGUUUACAUUCCAAUGCCUAUGCAUAUGUAUGUAAUGCCAUAUCCAGUACCAGUGCCAUUCCCAAUACCUUUGCCAAUUCCAAUUUUUAUACCUACGACUAAAAAUACUACUAAAGCAAUUUUUAAGGAUAUAAAGAAAAUUAGAGAAGAAACACCAGCUGAUCCAUUUGAAGCAGAACUGUUGUUAAUGGCUGGCAUGGUAGCUAACGAUCUAMAACAUGAUAAUGGCUCAUCUUCAGAUACUGAAAACGACGUAUCAAAUAAUGAAUACAAUGAUGACACAAAAGUUGUUUCAUCAAGUGCUCGUAACACUAAUUCUUUUGGAGAUGAUGUUCUCGCAAUGGCUUUGAAUAUGGCAGGAGCAGAUACAGAAACUCUUGAAGGGUCUGAUGAAUUAUCUACCAUGACGUCAAAUGAUCAAACAAAUCAAAUUAUUGAUGAUGUUGAAGCAAACUUAGUAUCUUCUACAAUUAUGCCUCAAACACCUGAUCCAAUGGAGAAUAUAACCCAGGAAAAUAUGAUAUCUUCCCCUCAAGAUGUGUUAUGUCGACCUCCAAGAAAACGUGCACCUCGUUCACAGUCUCAGCGUAACUCAAAUUCAAAACGCUCUCGCAAAACUGAAUAUCCUCAAGCGCAAUGCAUCCAAGCAGGAUUAAUACAACAAGUUGUACAAAAUCCUAUAUAUACCAUUCCGAUGUCUGUAGUUAAACCUGACGCAAAUAUGUGUCUCAAGUAUACAUUAGGAGUUAACGCCUGGAGACAGUGGGCUUGUACAAAAAGUAUAGAAUUCGAGAAAACAUUAACUAGUUAUGUGUGUGGCAUAAAAAAGACAAAUAUAUUUAAGUUGGAUCUCUUACAGUUAACAGCUAACGAAUUAAAUUAUUGUCUAUGCUUAUUUGUGAAAGAGGUACGCAAACCAAAUGGAAGUGAAUAUGCUCCAGACACAAUUUAUUAUCUGUGUUUAGGCAUUCAGCAAUAUUUAUUUGAAAAUGGACGAAUUGAUAACAUUUUUACUGAUAUUUCUUUUGAAAAAUUUACCGAUACUUUAAAUGAAAUAGCUAAAAGAUUCACUGAAAUCUAUAGUGAUACAAAGUAUAUUGUUACACGUGUUGAAGAAGAGUAUCUUUGGGAAAGUAAACAGCUUGGGGCACAUUCUCCCUACGUAUUGCUGUGCACAUUGAUAUUUUUYAAUACCAAACAUUUUAAUUUAACUAGUGUUGAAGAACAUAUGCAACUAUCAUUUUCACAUAUUAUGAAACAUUGGAAAAGAAAUCCUAACCAGCCAUCAACGUCUGGUGUUAAGGCACCAGGAACCUAUAGAAAUGUAUUACUGCGUUUUUAUCCUCCACAGGCAUCCAUUGACUCACCAAAUUCUCGAAAGAAAAAAGUGUAUGAGCAACAUGAGAAUGAAGAAAAUCCAUURAGAUGUCCUGUAAAGUUGUAUGAAUUCUACUUAUCAAAAUGCCCAGAAAGUGUUAAAACAAGAAAUGAUUUGUUUUAUCUAACUCCUGAAAGAUCUUGUGUACCUGAUAGCCCUGUAUGGUACUCAACUUGUGCAUUAAAUAAAGAAUCACUUGAAAAAAUGCUCAAUCGAGUUAAAAUGGUAAAAGAAAUUAAUGUUGCUUUGUUAUCUUCCUAGUUGAUAGUUUAUAAAUUAUUGUUGAUUCAAUGUUUUAAGUUUUAUAAGAAAUU